UUGAUUGUUUUGGGAUCGUUCGUUCGCGCCAUUCUAGUUGUGCCCUCGAGCCUUUGAGUUCUACCUCCGUCUCUUGAACGGAUACAUCGCACGUUCAAGUGAACAGUACUCAGAAAAAUGACCAAUGAAGUGGAAUUCAGUAGUUUAACCAAAGAUGAUGCGAAGAUUACGUUUGAAGAUCCAUCGCACAUUUCGAAACCGAGCGAUGAAGAAAUAGCUCAGCAUAGGAAAACACGCUUGGCCCUCGUGGUGGUUUUCGCUGCGAUUGUAAUUGUGAUGGUGGUAGCAGCCGUCAUCAUCAUUAUUGUAGCACCCAAAUGCGACAAGAAAGAAGAAGUACCAGAGGAGAAGAAAAGCGAUGAGACCCUCAAAAAUGAGACCCUCAAACAAGAUGAAUGGUUAAAACAUGGUAUCAUUUACCAAGUGUAUCCUCGUUCUUUCAAAGACUCGAGUGGAGAUGGAGAUGGCGAUCUGAAAGGUAUCUUGAACAAGAUGGAUUACUUCACUGAGUUGGGAGUACAGGCUGUGUGGCUUAACCCGAUUUACGAUAUGAAAAAUUAUACGGCCAUCGAUUCCAUGUUCGGAACCAUGGAAGACUUCGACAAAUUUAUCAAAGAGGCUCACGAGAAAGGCAUCAAGGUAAUCAUGGGGUUCGUUCCGAAUCACUCUUCAAAUAAACACCCAUGGUUCUUGGAGAGCAAAAAGGAUGACAAAAACCCUUAUCGAGACUACUACAUUUGGAGAGGUGGUCCUGCAAAGAAUGAAACUCCAAACAACUGGAUAAGUGUGUUCGGGGGAAGCGCUUGGACCUUCGACAACACCGCGAAGAAGUUUUACCUUCAUCAGUUCAGCAAAGAGCAACCCGACUUGAAUUUAAGAAAUGAAAAGGUGAAAAAAGAACUCCAGGGUGUCCUGAAGUUUUGGCUUGGAAAAGGAGUCGAUGGCUUUAAUUUUGAUGCUGUGCAAUUCCUGAUUGAAAACGAGAAUUUUGGUAACGAAACCCAAAAUAGCAACUACAAUGCGUCAGAUCUGAAAUACGACAUGCUGAAACACACACUUACGUUUGAUCUUGAUGCUAGCCGAGCCCUGGUGAAGGAAUUCCAAGAUUUCCUGAACAAGCAGAAUGGAAGCCUUCCUAUUUUGUUCACAGAGGUGGACGGACCUUAUGACAAGACUUCCAAGUACUACGAGGUGUCAGACAUUCCAUUCAACUUUGGCCUGAUCACCAAACUCAAUGAACAGGGAAUGACACUAGCUCAGAGAAUCAACAAAACUGUCAUGGAAUACUUGGCCAGCAUUCCAAAGGGCAAGACACCCAACUGGGUCACUGGCCAUGACGACCAUGAACGUGUUGGCAACAGGGUGGGUGAGCAAAACAGACAUGCAAUGAAUGUCCUUGCACUCACUCUGCCUGGUAUGGUUAGUACCUACUAUGGGGAAGAGAUUGGCAUGUUAAAUGGUAAAACUACAAAUCCAGAUGACCCUAUGGAAAGUGCAAGAACCCCUAUGCAGUGGAAUGCAGAAGAAAAUGCAGGCUUCUCUACAGUCAAACCCUGGCUGGAAGUUGGCUCGGAUUAUAAGUCCAUCAAUGUGGCCACUGAAAAAACUGACAAAGAUUCAAUCUACAGCAAGUACAAGGAGCUUGUUGGGCUAAGAAGGAAUGCAAGUGCCCUAGUUGAGGGUGUAUUGAAAGAGGUGCACACUGAUCUGCAAGUGUUCUCUUUUAUUCGCAGUCACGAAAACCAGCACUUCCUCAUCAUCAUCAACUUUGGUGACAAGAGUUGGAAUGGUGAUCUUGACAAGAUCUCAGGCAGGGGGACAGUGGUAUUUGAUACAGAAUCCAAUAUGGUUGGCCAAGAAGUGGACGUCAAUAAGAUAAAACUUAAUAGAGGUCAAGCCGUCAUUUUGAAAAAUGGCAAAAAUGAGUGGCACUUGCAAUAGAAAGCUUUAAAUUGAUCUCACAGGUUUUCUUUUUCCUCACUCCUCAGUCUACAGUUAAAUUUUAAUUGCCAAGCAGCAAUAGUAAUUGAAGUGGGAGAAACAAAGUUUCCAUUUAGUGGUUGACUUAAGGAAAGAGUAGAAAGAAAGCUAAUGGGAUACUAGCCAACUUAAUUUAUUUCAAUUUUUAGACAUAAAUCAUACGCUUUAUCUAAUGAAAUACUGAUAGUUUCAGUAUUGAAGAUUACAGAAAAAGCAUUGGUUUGUUUCAAGGGAAAAGUGUUUUGUUAGCUCAGCUGUAAUUCACGCCAUUCAAGGACUUGACAUUUCCCUCUUUUUAAUUGAACCUAGAGGUAUACUUUAUUCUGACGUCCUUUGUGGGUGUGUAAAUUACACUGAUACUUUAAUACACAUUCAAUUGUUCAUUCAAAACGUUAAUUAGGGUAACUUAUCAUCAGUCUCAUCUUUCCCAUACAUUACAAUACAUGUACUUCUACCUCUUGGUUAAGUCUAUUUAAUUGUUAUUAAUUUUUUUAGAAAUCACACAAUCCAAGUUCUUCCACAAGACAAAGAUUUCUUCAAUCAUUUGUUUUAUUUUGAUGAAAAAUACACAGAUUAUUUUAAUGCAUACUAGAGUCUUAACCCUUUAACUCCCAAGAGUGACCAAAAAAGAUUUUCUCCUCACAUUAUCAAUACCAUACUAAGCAGACAGGCGACAAGAAUUUCAGAAAAUAAAAUUGAGGGAUUAUUGGUUGAUCCAAUACCAAAUUCUCUGAACUAAUAUCAUAAGAAUUGUGCAACAAACAAUAAGGAGAAUUAAUAAUAAGAUCUGAGAGUGAAAGGGUUAAAAGUCGUUAGAAAUAUAUUAUCAGUAGGCUCAAAUGUGAAGUGUAUAUUAAUAUGGCUUAAAGAUUUUCAGUAAGGUAUGCUAGUAUGAGUUUGUUUAGUGGGAAGUGUAAGAUGCAGACUAGCAGAGAGCCUCCAAGAGAAAGAUGGUCUUCAAAAUUGGACACUAUAAACCAUUCUAUGUAAUAAGGUCAUCACAAAGUUAAAGCAUUGCCUGUAAGUUAUUAUUAGUGCAGUAAUUUUCAUAGCCCAGUGGCAGUAACUUAGAGUUGUUACAUUUUCCAUUUUGCAAUUUGAGAUAUUUUUGAAGAAGUAUAUGUUGAAUAUUCCUAGGCAAGUUUCGGGUAGAAUUCACAAAUUACAAUUUUUCUUCUUUCAAUUUUUUUUGUAGUUAUAUACCAAUUCCAGUUCAAAAUGUUUAUUUGCCAAGUAAUUUUUUUGUUAUCAAACAAUACCUGGCUGAAGCAUUUUCUUGUGCAAGGAUGAACCAAUAACUCUUUAACCCCUACUAUAUCACCCCUGAAUUAUACAUUAAGGGCUCAAGAAUUAAGGAAAUGAUGUACAACUCAGAAUGCUCUUGAUUAUUGAACAAUUUCUCCUCAUUAGCUCCAAAGGAAAUUGUAGAGAAAAGUAUGGAGAAUAUGCAUGUUGAUGUUAGGGUGUUUAAGGGUUAAAUGUAUGAAACUUGAGAUUCUUAUAGGUUUGGUUCUCUUUAAGGGUGAAAUCCUACAAGAAUGUUUGUCAGUAUUUAAAAUGUACUUCAUUCAAAUUAGUUUUAAUUAUAACUUCAACUUCUGUCUGUUAUAACCAUUAUCAGUCUUCCAGGGAUCGUUCACUAUUCGUGUGUCACUUACCAGUAAUAUUUAGAUGGUACCUCAAGACGUAAAAUUUAAUUCAACCUUGUGGCAAUAUUUAAUAGUAAGGAAUCAUUCCUAAUUGGUGUAGGUUUUGAUUGUUCCUUCAGAGAACCUUGAAUAUUGCAGUUCUGUUAGUUUAGUUUUUAUAUAAUCCUAUACUAUUGAUAAUGCAAUUACUGAAAGACUAUUUGUUAGUAAGCAAGUUGAUUAUCAGGUUGUUAAGUGUAGCUGAUGGAGAUUAAUCCUUUGUAAUGUUGAGGGUGACCAUAAAUGAAAAAAAAAGUGUGAAAUUAUGUCUUGUCCAUGAUUUCAAAUCAACAAAGUUAGCCUUGUUCAUGAUUCA